CUACGUCGGUCAGGUUUGAGACACUUUAAUACAGCCAGAGACAAUGGAGACAAAGAUCCUGCCAUGACAUGUGCUGCCCGUAUCACAUCUCAGUCAGAAGUAAUGUCGGAUUGUCAUCAGGUGUAGUUCAUGUCUCUUGGUGUCAUUUAUAAACUGGAACCGUUUUGAUUCAUUGGAUCGAUUAUUUUGUUUCUUCAUGGACAUCACGAACCAGACCGAGGUCACAGAGUUUGUGUUUUCUGGACUGACUGACGAUGAGGACCUGAGAUCCUUCCUCUUCGUACUCUUCCUGCACGUCUACAUUGUGACUGUAUUGGCCAAUGUUAGCCUGGUGGUCAUUGUCAGUAACACAUCAAACCUGCAGAACCCAAUGUACUACUUCCUGACUUACCUCUCCCUGGUGGACGUCUUCUAUUCCUCCACCAUAAUGCCAAAGAUGCUGGUGGACCUUAAGUGUUUGAGCGUGACCAUCUCCUUUGUAGGUUGCGCUCUUCAGUUCUUCUUCUAUGCUGCUUUGGCUGCUACCGAAUCAUUUCUGCUCUCCGCCAUGUCCUAUGACCGCUAUGUUGCCAUCUGCCACCCUCUCCAUUAUGUGUCUAUUAUGACUAAGAAGAAAUGUCUACGUCUUGUUCUUCUAUGCUUCUCUGUUGGUUUCUUACAGUCCUCGGUACAGACCAGCUGCACCUUCAGUCUACAGUUCUGUGGGUCCAACCUCAUUGACCACUUCUACUGUGAUGUCCCCCCAGUGCUCAGACUGUCCUGCUCAGAUACUUCUUCCUGUGACAUGGUCACUUUCUACAUUGUAGGUGCUUUGGCCUCAGGCUCCCUGGUGACUAUCCUUGUCUCAUACACCCUAAUAAUCAUUUCAGUUACACACAUGAGAUCCACAGAAGGUCGGAGGAAAGCCUUCAGUACCUGCUCCUCACACCUCAUGUGCGUCUUCAUCUUCUAUGGCACUGUAUUGUUCACAUACAUGCAUCCUCCCUCCAGCGCCUUCACCGUACGAGACAAGGUGGCAUCAGUCUUCUAUACAGCAGUGACACCAAUGCUGAACCCCCUUAUAUACAGUCUGAGGAACCAAAGUGUUAGAAGUAUCAUUAUACAAUCAGUUCACAGAUUACAAGGUUCUCCUAUAGGGCUUCCUCAAUGUUGUGUUAUGAAGUAA